AUGAAAUUUUGGAAAUGCGUCAAAACUCCAAAGCAGCCGCCUCAAAGAUUCCCACUCGAGGUAGCGGAAGCCUUCAAACCCGAGGAAGAGAUCAUCCGUCGAUUGAAUCGUACCGGCUCUUCCCCAGGAAAUCUCCUUUGUUUAUUCCCGGACCCUACACCUAGAACAAGUCUUAACCAGUUCCGUUUCCAGCUGCACCGAGAAAACGGGGUUCUACCCGGCCUCGUCGGUUACCUCGAGAAGUAUAGCAGCGCCUCGCACUUGGUCUGGAGUAUGUGUGCUCUUCUUGCAGAUAGCGGUAUCGAUCCAGACUGGACAGAUGCAUUUGAGAUGUGGCGGCCACAGUGGAGACAGUUCGCUAACAGUUUUGAAAUGCAGGGAAAUAUCUCGCGUGCUUUAGACAUUCCACCCUCACCAGUCCGUGUAAUGUGCGUUCGAAAACCUCACAGCCUUGAUAUGUAUAAGCUCUAUGCCGUUAACCCCAAGGCGAAGAAGCGUGAUCAAGAGGGUCUGGAGGAUCUCUGGAGGUGGAUGCUUGAUGCACCACCCGAGGUGAUUCUUCAGGGAGCUUUUUCCAUUAAGCUUGAGGUUGAGCCUUGUUUCCCUGGCGAGGAGAUAUCGUUUGCUGUCUCUAGUAGCUGGUAUGAGUAA